AAUCCUCUCCUCUCCUCUCCUUCAUCUUCUUCCACGGUGCGCAACACCACAAGUAAUGGGCUCCUCUCUUCCUCCGUCGUAUACUCUCCCCUUCCCGCGGUGGGCGCCCCGCCCCAGAACGUGUCCAUGGUGCUCGACACCGGGAGCGAGCUCUCGUGGCUCCUCUGCAACACGUCCUCGUCGCCCAACUCGUUCAACCUGCUCGCCUCUUCCUCGUACCGGCCCCUCCCCUGCUCCUCCCCUGCUUGCCAAUCCCAGGCCCGCGACCUCCCCGUCCCCCCUUCGUGCGACCCCUCCUCCAACGCCUGCCGCGUCUCCCUCUCCUACGCCGACGCCUCCUCCUCCGAGGGCUCCCUCGCCGCCGAUUCCUUCCUCCUCGGCCGCCCCCCUCCCCUCCGCACCGUCUUCGGCUGCAUCUUCUCCUCCUACGACUCCUCCGCCGCCGCCGCGGCCACCCACGGGCUCCUGGGCAUGAACAGGGGCGCGCUCUCCUUCGUGACCCAGAGCGCCACGCGCCGCUUCUCCUACUGCAUCUCCGACCGCGACGACUCCGGGGUCCUCCUCCUCGGGGGCGACGCGGGCUCCGCGCCCUUCGCUCCGCGCUUGAACUACACCCCGCUCAUCGAGAUCUCGCUCCCGCUCCCCUACUUCGACCGCGUCGCCUACUCGGUCCAGCUCGAGGGCAUCCGCGUGGGCGCCGCGCUCCUCCCCAUCCCCAAGUCCGUGCUCGCCCCGGACCACACGGGCGCGGGCCAAACCAUGGUGGACUCGGGGACCCAGUUCACCUUCCUCCUCGGCGACGCCUACGACGCGCUCAAGGUCGAAUUUUUACGCCAAACCCGGGCGCUCCUCACGCCGCUCAACGAGCCCGACUUCGUCUUCCAAGGCGCGUUCGACCUCUGCUUCAGGAUCCCAGCGGCGGGGGCGGGGGCGGGGGCGCCAUUGCCGUCGCGAUUGCCGGAGGUGGGUGUGGUGCUCCGCGGGGCGGAGCUGAGGGUGAGCGGGGAGCGGUUACUGUACCGGGUGGAGGGGGAGAGGCGGGGUGGGGACGGGGUCUGGUGCGCCACGUUCGGGAACUCCGACCUGGUGCCCAUGUCGGCCUACGUCAUUGGCCACCACCACCAGCAGAACCUCUGGGUCGAAUACGACCUCGACAACCGCCGCGUCGGCUUCGCCCCCGUCCGCUGCGACCUCGCCGCCCAGCGCCUCACCGAGGCCCUCUCUCUAUGACGUGACUCCUGCACUUCCGAGCGCAAUCUCCUCCUCAAAGUGAGACCAUUUCAUCCGUUGUUGUUCGCACGCCGCCUUUCAAACUCGCACUGAUCCACAUCUUAGAGCCAUUAUCCGGUCACAGCUCAGUGAGAAGAAUUUUCAUAGGGUGUUUAAUCUGGUGGCGGCGCAUACGCGUGCCGUGGAUGAUUUAUUAUAAAGAUUGUAGAUGACUGUAGAUGGUCCUGCUAAUGUAAUUCUUUGGGUGUAUAGUAGGGCAAUGGCAUAAUGGUUUGCCAUUCGGCUAACAUUAUAUAAUUUCAAUGGUUAUUUCGUGUUCUCAGCA